UGAGUCAACGAAUACAUGAAUACACAAGAGGAUGCUGGAUUUUUUAUUCUUUUUUUCUCAGUCUCUCAGUAAUGUUCACUGUGAUCCUGAAACAACGUACAAAGCUUUUCAUGUUGGAUGUGAGGACACUCAUUCAUAUAAUCCAUUCCCUUGCACUUUACUGUAACCUUAACCAUAUUCUGAGCAGAACUCUGAAGCCAAGUCUUCAAACAGCCGGCAAAUAUGUCCUCACAAUAAAUGUCCUCACAACGAUGGUUUCCAGUAUAGAACCACAGAAAGAUGUGUGUACACACAGAGACACAUAAACUUGUACUUCCAUCUUUGUGAGGACACUUGUUGACAUAAUGCACUCCCUUACCUUUACCCUAACUAUAAAGUAAAGUAACCUUAACCCUAACACCAAGUCUCAACUAUCAAACAGCCCUUUGAAGGUGUGUCAGAACUGUCCUCACUUUCCCAAAAUGUCCUCACUCUGUUGGGAAAAUACUUUUUUUGCUCCACACACACACAUACACACACAUGCUGUGAUAGAAAAACUUUUGGGGACAUUUCCUGGAGACUUACCCUAACCAUAACCACUAUUGGCCUAACCCUAACCUUUACUUAAACCUUAACCUUAACCACUGACCCAUAAAUGAGCUUUUUCCCAAAAAUUAGCACAGCUUUUGUCCCCAGCUGCACAAGCCUGAGCCAAAAUUAACUGGUUUCUUAUCUGAAAUCUGUCUCCAAAGAUGGCCUAUGACAGGGGCACACACACACACACACACACACACACACACACACACACACACACACACACACACACACACACACACACACACACACACACACACUACUUAAAAGCCAGUUCUCUGCACUUUUUUUCCUCCACUCGAAACCACGUGUAGGGUUUCAACCCCCGACAGUGAAGGACCGCUUCACCGACCAAUGAGGAGACAGGGAUAUCUCGGUCAGGGUUUAAUGCAGCCAACCUGACACCGGCAGAGGCGGGUCCGGGCUGCAUAGGCGUGUCCUGCGCUACAAAGUCACUCCAGCUUUAAUUACUGCAACUUCUCCAACUUUAGGAAAAAUUGCGCAGCUCGCUCUGUGCUAAACGCUCCUGUCCCCACACAAAAAGCCACAUACCUCUUCAUUUAUUCUAGCCUGCUUUGCUGUAUCAUGCAUAACAGCCAUGUCACCCAUCUGCUCGUCUCUCUUCUUUGCAUCGGGUUGACUGCCCAGUCUGAGCUGGAGACAGAUGAAGUGGUUCCCAGGCUGCUGUCCGGGCAGGAGGCGCACCUGUCCACGGACCACACUUUCCGCACUCUCCGGCGCCGCGGUCAGCGCUCCCUGGACGUCCCAGGGGGAGGACACUCUGACCUGGAUAACAUAAUCCUGACACUGCCUGCUUUUGGCCGGGACCUGUAUUUAAAUCUGACGUGGGAUAGUACGUUUCUCUCCGGGGACUUCGAGGUGGAGGAGAGGCGCAGGGACCAGAGCGCGGCGGUCAGACGCUUGUCCAUGGACCAGCUCUGCUUUUACUCUGGCUCCAUCAUCAACCACACGGACUCUCUGGCAUCAAUGAGCACCUGUGGCGGUCUGACCGGGCUCGUUCAGAUCGGGGAGGAUAGCCUGUUCAUUCAGCCGCUGGGGGAAAACGACCCGUCACAAUCCUUCUCUGGACUAAAACACCGGCUGUCGCGACGCCGACGCUCCUCCAAGACCGGCUCCGCUCCGGACGCUGACCAGCCCAGCUACUGUGGGACUGUACAGGCAGGGAAGAGGAAGGAGAAGAGGUCAAAGAUAGCGGAGGAGGGUCGCGGCAAAAGAAACGCCAUUCGCCUGCAUGAAGCUUACACUGUGGAGACGGUGGUGGUGGCCGACUCGGACAUGGUGCAGUACCACGGUGCUGAGGCCGCACAGAGGUUCCUGCUGACUGUCAUGAACAUGGUCUACAACAUGUUCCACCACCAGAGUCUGGGAGUCAGAAUCAACAUUCGAGUCACCAAGCUGGUGUUGCUUCACAGCCGCCCAGAGAAGCUGAGCGUGGGUCAUCAUGGAGAAAGGUCUCUGGAGAGCUUCUGUCACUGGCAGUAUCAGGAGUUUGGGGGCCCACGGUACCUCGGCACCAACCACGUUCCUGGUGGGAGGGAUGACAUCCCACCAGUGGAUACAGCUGUGCUGGUCACCAGGACAGAUUUCUGCGUUCAUAAAGACGAACCCUGUGAUACUGUGGGUAUUGCGUAUCUGGGCGGCGUCUGCAGCGCCAAAAGGAAGUGUGUGUUAGCGGAGGACAACGGACUCAAUCUGGCCUUCACCAUCGCUCACGAGCUCGGACACAACAUGGGAAUGAGCCAUGAUGAUGACCACACAACCUGCACUGGUCACUCCCACAUCAUGUCUGGUGAAUGGGUGAAAGGAAGAAACCCCAGCGACCUGUCCUGGUCCUCCUGCAGCCGUGAUGAUCUGGAGAACUUCCUCAGAUCCAAAGCCAGCGCCUGCCUACUGCACACAGACCCCAGGAGCCGUUACCAGGUCCGGCUGCCUCCCAAGCUGCCGGGCAUGCACUACAGCGUGGAUGAACAGUGCCAGAUCCUGUUUGGAACCAAUGCCACUUUCUGCAAUGACAUGGAGCACCUCAUGUGUGCUGGCCUGUGGUGUUUAGUAGAAGGAGAUGCAUCCUGCAAGACCAAACUGGAUCCUCCUCUGGAUGGAACAGAGUGUGGAGCAGACAAGUGGUGCAGGGCAGGCGAGUGUGUCAGUAAGACUCCCAUCCCUCAGCAUGUGGACGGCGACUGGAGUCCAUGGAGCCAGUGGAGCAUGUGCAGCAGGACCUGCGGUACUGGAGUCCAGUUCAGACAGAGGAAAUGUGACAACCCUCCGCCUGGUCCUGGCGGGCGACACUGUCAGAAGGCCAGUGUGGAGCACAAAGCCUGUGAAGGUCCCCCCUGUCCCAAAGGGGCCCCCAGCUUCAGAGACCUGCAGUGUCUGUCCUACGACCGACACGCCAGCAAGAAGAAGGGCAGCAUGCUGACUGCUAUUAUCAAUGACGAGAAGCCGUGUGUGUUGUUCUGCAGCCCGGUGGGUCGAGAUGUCCCAGCCCUGAUGGCUGACAGAGUGAUGGACGGGACGCCUUGUGGACCAUAUGAGGCGGACCUGUGUGUUAACGGGAGGUGUCAGAAAAUUGGCUGCGAUGGCGUCAUCGGCUCUUCGGCUAAAGAGGAUCGCUGUGGUGUUUGUAACGGAGACGGCCGCUCCUGUAAGAUAGUGAGAGGAGACUUCAACCACACCAAAGGAAUGGUCACCACUAGGCAGUGUAAGAGGGUAUCUACCUGUGUGAUGGCUAAACCCAGAGCUGUCCCCAAGUGUUUCUCAUGCUACAUCGAGGCCGUGGUUAUCCCCGCAGGAGCCAGGAGAAUCAAAGUUGUGGAGGACAAACCUUCACAUAGCUUUCUGGCCCUCAAAGACUCCAGUAAGAGAUCCAUCAACAGUGACUGGAAGAUUGAGCUUCCAGGAGAGUUUGAACUGGCCGGGACCACGGUGCGCUACGUCAGAAGGGGACUGUGGGAGAAGAUGUCUGCCAAGGGACCCACUAAGACCCCCUUACACCUGAUGGUUCUGCUCUUCCACGACCAGAGCUACGGGAUCCACUACGAGUACACGGUGUCUCUGAACACGUCUCAGGACAGGAGCAGCGAGGAGCAGAGGGAACAGGAGUAUCUCUACAUCUGGACUCACAGCAGCUGGCAGGACUGUACUGUCCAAUGUGGAGGAGGUGAGCGGAGGACAGUGGUUUCCUGUAUGAGGAUAGCCAAUAAAACCAUGGAGGUGGUCAACGACAGCUACUGUCAGCUGGAGAACCGACCACAGCCCCAAGUACGACUCUGCAACUCGCACCCCUGCCAGUACAGGUGGGUGACAGGUGAGUGGGGAUCCUGCUCCGUCACAUGUGGUAAAGGUCUUCAGCAGAGGGAAGUGGUUUGUGUUUACCACCUGCAGAACGGCUCGCUCAUCCACACCAGAGACCUGUACUGCCAAGGAGGAAAACCUCCUGUCCUGCAGGGCUGCGAGGGCCGCCUCUGCCUCACUGUGUGGGAGGCUUCAGAGUGGUCCAAGUGUUCCUCAGACUGUGGUCAAGGCGUCCGCAGACGGGUGGUGUCGUGCACAAACCCUCAGGGUCUGUGUGAUCCUCUGUCCCAGCCCACUCAAGAGGAGCCCUGUGAGGACCACUCCAGAUGUUAUGAAUGGAAGACUGGAGACUGGUCCAAGUGUUCUUCAUCCUGUGGGAAGGGCCUGCAGUCUCGAGUGGUCCAGUGUAUGCACAAAGUGACUGGUCGUCACGGUAACGACUGCCCAGUGACACUGAGACCACCGACCUACCGACCCUGUCACCAUGGGGCCUGCAACGAGAAAAUCAAUGUGAACACCAUCACAUCCCCCAGGCUAGCUGCUCUGACCUACAAAUGCAUGGGGGACCAGUGGACGGUGUACUGUCGUGUGAUCCGGGAGAAGAACCUCUGUCAGGACAUGAGGUGGUACCAGCGCUGCUGUGAAACCUGUAGGGACUUUUAUGCCAAGAAAAUACUGCACAAGAGCUAAUGACCAAAUCAAAUCUACUUUCCUCCGAAUAGCGCUCCAUUUUGUAAAUGUUUUUAAUAUUGUUAAAUAAGAAAACAAUUUCUAUUAUUGAUGGAACUUUUUGUAUUUAAAAAAAAGAAAAUGGCAAGUACACAUAAGUGUACAUUUGAAAUGGGCUCAUAAGCUUCUAGUUUUGAUGAAGACUUGAAAAUGUCCAAUAUUUCUUUUGCUGUACACCAAAACAAAAAAAAGUGGAGGAGCCUUUGGAAAGCCAGUCCAGGUGGCUUUAUUGCACAGAAUGGUUGAAAAUAAGUGCUUGAUUUUUGAAGUAUACUUUUUCUGGCAGGUCUAUCAGAUAACAUGGGAGUUAGCCAGAGCUUUCCCCUCCCCUCUCUUCUUUAAUUAUGCUCUCCUAUGUAUUGUUUUACCUGUUGUACUGUAUUAUAGCUAAGUGUUGCAAUUUCAAAUAACUAGUACAUAAGUUUAUAUAUAGGUAAACUUAUGAUACUUAAGUAUUAAUUAAGUAUACUGUAAUUCUGUAGGAGCCAUGGAAAUAUACUGUAGGAUUACAGUGAAUCAACCCAGCUAAUGAUAGGAGACCCACUGAUCCGCUGGCCUGUUUGAGGGCCAUGGAUAGCCCAUGUAGCAGAACAUGGCGUAUGGUGCUUGGUGGUGUUUUAUUUUUCUUUCAGUUACAGUCCAGCUGAUGGAUUUAACCAUUUCUUGCCAACAAUGUUACUCUGUUUACCACUUAGAUCAACUGUGCACCUCAGUGCUAUCAUUUUCUUUUUCCCCGUACUAGUUGUUUGGCUUGUAAGUAGGUGGGGUUCAUUGGCUGUUUCAGUGCUGGUCAUCCUGAGUGGGUGUGGUUUAGCUUGCUAAACCAUGAACACGUGGGUUUCCACUGCGGCCUCACAGCAGGGAGGUCGGAGCAGUCGCAUUAGACAAUCCAACUUCAUUUGAAGUGAACCGAGGCCUUGAAAGACGAACUCUUAUGACAUCGCUGGUGCACACAAAACACAAAGUUCAUGUCAACAAUUACACAAACAAAUCAAAUCUAAACCUUUAAAUUCUUGGCUGUUUUUUUUUUCUGGCAGUGAGAUUAUUUUGGCCACGUUACAUUUCACCAUCAUAUCUGACAGAGACCCCAUUUACACCUUUCAUUUCAAGUGUCUCGUAUCUGCAUAAAAUCCAGACAUUAUUUGAAACACUUUUAUACUUAGGCACAUAUAUGGAUCUCCAUUGGCCAGAUCACCACUCUGAUUAAAACUGGUCUUGGGUUUGUAGGCUACUUGCAAGUCAGGGUCACCUCUGCUCCAGUCCAGGGGACUGGAAGCUGUUUGGUGACUGACAAAAACAUCAGAGGAAGAAGAACUUCUGCACUUUAGCAGUUUACUGGCAAAAAUAACAUUCAAGCUUGCUAACAACUAUCCACCAAUUAACACAAGCAUUAGGAUGACUCGUUUUAUCAUCUUGUCAGCCUUAAUUCAUUCAUCUCCCUCACCCAUACAUGUCACUGCUCUCUCACACUAACACUUGCUUUUUCUCCUGCGAUAUACAUUUACCCCACAGUCCACCUGCAGUAUUACAGCUGGUAAUGAUAACAUGGGGCUCUGUAUAGGUAGUUACUUUCCCUUGGAAGUCAGUGUGAUUGAUGUCAAAUCAUUGAUUAUUAUUGAAUUCCCAGUUCCCAGUUCACAUGCACUGUGUACAGACAUUUCCUUCUGCCUGUGCAAAUGAGAGAGAUGAAUCAGAUCCUCAUAUUAAAUCUACCUGGAGGUGGUCACACGUUGAGGCAGGUUCUCAGGCAGGUGUAAAUGACAUCUGCACAGUGUGACCGCAGCCUCAAAGAGCAGCUUAUCAGUAGCUGUUUAUCUUUUUUUUUUUUUUUUAUUAAUAACCUCUCACCUUGUCACUAAUUUGGUUUGGCUCAUUGGCUUAGGCACAGUCUCAGAGCUUUUAGAUUUGCAUGUAGUGCAGAUGCAGAUGCACAUCAUAAUAAAAUGGGCGAUUCCUACCAGUUCUUUGUUAAAUGAGAAAUGCUACGAAGGCCAUCAGCAGCAGGAACUACUUAUUGCACCUGCAGGGUCUAGUUUUUGAUGCUCCUUAUUCAGAUGCUAAUUGGCCUUUGGUGUUUGUCACCAUGUUUGUUGACAGAUACACCAGCUCUGCCUGCUCUAUUUGCAUAUUGAGAUCUGAUCAGAUUACAGACAGAGUAAAGAUAAGAAGAACACUUAUUUGCAGCAUGUGUAAAUACAGAGGCCCAUGAUAAGAUGACAUUAUUCACAUAUAGAUUCAGGUCACCUGUUCAUACCAGGUGGAAAUAGGGUCUGAGAGCAAGAGCUUCUUCAUUUUUCACUGCUUUAAAUGCUGUUUUUAGAAGCUUUCCCAGCUGACAGUAAAUGUUGGGAGGAAAACUGCUUAUUAUCUUUAAGACAUUCAAUAUUAAUAUCAACAUUAAAUAUGUCUCACCAGCAGCUGCUGUUCAAAAAUAUCAUCAUUGCCUUAUCAGCCCUUUUCAAAUAGUAAUGGAGCUCACAUUCAUCUGUGUGUGCGUGUGUGUGUGUAUGUAUGUAUGUGUAUGUGUAUGUGUGUGUCUCUGUGUGUGUCUGUCUGUGUGUGUGUGUGUGUGUGUGUGUGUGUGUGUGUUAGUUAACACAAAAGGCCUCAGUCUUCUCCAAGGGGUUGAAUGGUGCUAUCUUAUGACCUGUUUCACUAUUGUGGAAUUCAGCUUAUUGUCAAUGAUGGUCCUGUUGUCAUUGUUAACAGUUAUCUGUUUUGUAUGUUGUAGGGUUAUUUAACAACAUUGGCUUUUAUUGAUGAGUUUUUUUUUUUUUUUUGGCUGAUAUAGUGAGAAUAUGCUUAAUUAUUCCUGUACUGUACUUUUUUAGUUGCAGUAUGUUUGGUACAUAAACUGCCACUACAUGUAUUUUAUGGUGCUGAUUUGGAAGUGAGUAAAUAAUCUGUUUAUACAGGGAUUUAACCAUUUGUCCUGUGUUGUUCUGUGUAGUCACUAUAUUUUGUACUGUCAUCCACUUUGUGUCCAAUACUCAUCAGACCGUUCUGAGCAAGAACCUGAAUGAUUUGAUCAAAUUUUAUUCUAUUUCAAAUCUACUGUAAAGUGAUUUUCUUUUAUUUUGUUAAAUAAUAAAUAAUGUGAUUUUACAUGGAAAUACACACCUGUAUGACCUACUAUUAAGGUAUGUGGAUUUACCAUUAAACCAGAAUGCAGACUG